UUGAUUUUGGAAACAGACGAAGACGAGACAGCAGCAAGGAUAGUACCAGGGAGAGCAGCUGAAGAUCCUUAAGAGAGAAGUGCCUUAUGUCCCUGCGUUCCAUUCAGUCUGAACCCAAGAGUAUGGACCAUGAUGUGGCUGACCUCUCCAGAAACCCGCUGGACAUCUACAGGAAAAAAGCAUCCUUUAACAUGAAGGACAUGCUCAACUUCAUAGAUGGAGAGGAAAUACAGCUGUUCAAGCAACAUGUGUUUACAACUUUGGAAAAUGAUCCUCUGUUCGCCCGUCAGCCUGGUGAGGACAUCCCUAUUGAGAAAAAGAGGGAGCUGACUUUCCUCAGGGUGAAGCAACUCUUUCGCUACAACUUCCUGACAAAAGAAGAGGCAAUGGCCAACCCAUGGAAGAGUCUGGUCCUCACUGACUGUUUGGGCAUGUAUGACUGGGCUUUGAAUGCCAAGUACUUCCUCAGCAUAGGGAUGUUUGGAACAACCGUUGCCAAUUCAGGAUCUAGCAGGCAUAACAAAUAUGUUGAAGACACUAACAACAUGACGACCUUUGGAUGCUUUGCACUAACAGAGCUAAGCCAUGGCAGCAACACCAGAGCCAUGAGGACCACAGCCACAUAUGAUCCUUCCACCCAGGAAUUUGUGAUCAACUCUCCAGACUUUGAAGCUGCCAAAUUCUGGGUGGGGAAUCUGGGUAAGACUGCCACCCAUGCUGUAGUGUUCGCGCAGCUCUACACACCUGACAAGGUCUGCCACGGUCUGCACUCCUUUGUUGUACCGGUGAGAGAUCCCAAAACCCUGCUGGCUUUGCCUGGUGUACUGGUUGGAGACAUGGGAAAGAAGCUGGGCCAGAAUGGACUGGAUAAUGGAUUUGCAUUAUUCCACAAUGUGAGAAUCCCACGGGAGAAUCUGCUGAAUAGGACGGGAGAUGUUAACCCUGAUGGACGGUACAUAACACCAUUCAAGGACCCCAACAAGCGCUUCGGGGCAUCUCUAGGUGCCCUGUCAGGUGGUAGGGUGUCCAUUACCAGGAUGGCUCUGGUCAACCUGAAGCUGGCUCUGACUGUGGCCAUCCGCUUCUCAUCCACCAGGAGACAGUUUGGACCCACGGACAAAGGGGAGGUUCCUGUUUUGGAGUACCAGCUACAGCAAUGGCGUCUGAUUCCUUACCUGGCAGCAGCGUACGCUCUUGAACACUUCUCCAAAUCCAUCUUCAUGAACUUUGUUGAGUUCCAGAUUGGACAGGUGAUGGGGGACAAGAGUGACAGACAAGCAGAGAUGGGCAGGGAGAUACAUGCCAUUGGCUGCUCCAGUAAACCGCUGGGCUCAUGGACUGCUCAAAGGGCAAUCCAGGAGUGUAGAGAGGCCUGCGGUGGACAUGGAUACCUGGCUAUGAACCGGCUGGGUGAUCUACGAGAUGAUAAUGACCCAAACUGCACAUAUGAGGGAGACAACAAUGUGUUGCUGCAACAGACCAGCAACUACCUUCUCAGCUGGUUCCACGCCAAACGCAGCAAUGGUGUGCAGAUUGAGUCUCCUCUUCACACUGUGGAUUUUCUGGAUGAUUACCAGAAGAUCCUGGACAGCAAGUUUGCAGCGACCACAAUGGAACAGUGUAUGGACUCUACAGUGCCUGUGGCAGCCUAUAAGUGGCUGGUGUGUUUCCUGCUGGAGGAGAGUCAGAAGAGGCUGGAACAGCAGAGAGCCUUGGGCAAGAAUGACUUUGAGGCCCGUAACAACAGCCAGGUUUACUAUUGUAGGUCCCUGGCCAUCGCCUACAUUGAACACAACUGCCUUCAGAGAUUCCAUGAGCUGAUUACUGAUCAGGACACGCCAGCUGGUCUCAGACCAGUACUAAGCAAACUGUGUGCCCUGUAUGGGCUGUGGUGCCUCAGCAACCACAUGGCGACGCUGUACCAGGGUAAUUACUUGAGUGGAAGGAAGCCUGCCGAGCUGGUCCAGAUGGCAAUCCUCACUCUCUGCUCCCAGCUGAAAGAUGAUGCAGUAGCAUUGGUGGAUGUCUUUGCACCUCCUGAUUUCAUCCUUAACUCUCCUAUUGGCAAUGCUGAUGGCCAGCUUUACAAGAACCUGUGGUCGACAGUGAUGCAGGGCAGCCAGGUGCUGGAACGUCCAUCCUGGUGGAAAGAGUUCUCCUCAGACAAACCUGUGGUUGGAUCCCUCCGUCCAAAACUCUAGAAUCUAGACACUGCUGGGGAUCCCAACAAUGCAAAAUGAAAGGUUUUUGCCAAAUGCCACCCAAUGCAGUAGGUGAUGAGCCCCUAGGUUUGGGGCUGUCAGACGAAUAAAUGAAUGAAUAAAAAAGUUUGAUGAUGAUAGCAAGAAUAAACGUUUCACUUGAUUUAUACUCUAAACAGGAAUUUCACUUGCUGCAGAUCAAAAGAUAAUGUUAAUAAUCAUUAGCUGCAGAAGUGGAAGUUUCAAGCAGAUUUCUGCUUUUAAUAUUUUCUUGGUCAGUUGUUAGACUUGAUGUGGUUUCUCUAAAGCUAAAGGCCUUUUUGACACACUUCCUGCCAAUCAUUGCACAUUUAAAUUCAUAUUAUCCCAUGUUGGAGCGAAUAUAAAUUUCUCCAAACAUGUGAAGCUUUCGAGCUGAAUAAACACCCAAGAUUUGAAUGUAGUUUGUAUUUGAAUGGAAUAAAUUGUAUUUUUUAAUGAAUAUGAAAACUGUUUUACUGUAGAUGAUGUACUGUCAUGUAAACAUAUAAAGAAAGAUUAGUGUUGGAAAAUUAUAUUAUUAUAAACAUACUGUCUAAAUAAAUUUACUAAAAUUUCUUCUUUUGUAA